CGCCGCGCCUCAGAAGGACCCGGCACGGCUCGCAGCGCUCCGCGCCUUCGCAGCUGCUGCGGACCCGACGGCGUCCGCCCCCUGGCCGGUCCCGCGGGCCGCCGCGGUGAGAAGGCCUCGGGCCGCCGUGCUGCGUCCUCGAGCGGCUGGGCGGCGUGGCUGCCUGGGGACAGAUGCUGUAGGGCCUCUGGGCCUCGGGCCUCUGGAGACUCAGCCUUGGUGGCCAGGAGCUCCCAACACACUUGUACGUGCUUGCAGCUUCAGGAAGCUGCUCCCUAGCCUGUGUCCAUCCUGCUUGGCAGCCUAGCCAUCAUGGAAGCCCCAGAAGUCCCUGUGGGUUCCCUGAUUGACUUUGGGACUGAACCACCUACCUCCUCUCCCAUGGAAGCAGCACCUUCAACACUCCAGGACCCAGAUGGUUCCCUGGGUGAUGGGGCAUCUGAGAGUGAGACCACUGAGUCUGCAGACAGUGAGAAUGACAUGGGCGAGUCGCCUUCACACCCAUCCUGGGACCAAGACCGCCACUCUUCCUCCAAUGAGUCCUUCUCCUCCAAUCAGAGUGCUGAUUCAGCCCCAGAUGAGGAGACCCUAGCACUUCGAGAGUUCAUGCGCAACUAUGUAGAGAAGAUCUUCUCUGGAGGGGAGGACUUGGACCAGGAAGAGAAAGCCAAGUUUGGAGAGUACUGCAGUGGCGAAGAUGGGAAAGGCCGUGAGUGGUUUGCACGGUUUGUGAGUGCACAGCGCUGCAAGUCCAAGUGUGUAUCCGAGCCGACUUUCUACCGCCUGGUGCAGUCCUUCGCAGUGGUGCUGUUUGAGUGCCACCAGAUGGACGACUUUGGGCCUGCCAAGAACCUCAUGACCAUGUGCUUCACCUACUACCACCUGGGCAAGCCACACUUGCUCCCUACAGAGCCCAGGGAGAAGCCAGCUGGCAGCAUUGACUCCUACCUGAAGUCAGCUAACAGCUGGCUAGCAGAGAAGAAGGAUAUUGCUGAGCGGCUGCUGAAGAACACGGAGAACAUGAAGGGCUUCUUUGGGGGGCUGGAGACCAAGCUGAAAGGACCACUGGUCAGGAAAAAUGAGGAAGAAGAGAACAAACCCAAGGACAAACAGCUGAAAACUGUGACUAUGAUCAGUCCCGAAGAUGAACAGAAGGGGGAGAAGGUCUACCUGUACACACACCUGAGGCAGCAGCCCAUCUGGCACACACUGAGGUUCUGGAAUGCGGCCUUUUUUGAUGCUGUCCACUGUGAGAGGCGGAAGCGAUCCCCCACCACCAGAGGGGAUGCUGGAGAGCAGGAGGAGAAGAGGGAGAAAUGGUGCCACAUGACCCAAGAAGAGCGGGAUGACAGCCUGCGGUUCAAUGAGAACAUCACCUUCGGGCAGCUGGGCACGUUCACUCACAACAUGCUGGCCUUUGGCCUGAACAAGAAGCUAUGCAGUGACUUCCUGAAGAAGCAGGCUGUGAUUGGCAACCUGGAUGAGGAGCAAUACAAGCUGCUAAGUGACCACAUCGAGCAAAUGGCCACAGAAUAGGAGACUAGCACAUGGCGUCCUCCCAGGAGCUGUCACCCCAGUGAUGACCCCGCAUGACACCAGCAGCCCCAGAGCUGCUCCUUGCUGCCCUAGAACUAGCAGUUAAAACUUGAGAAGCCCGUCUCCCCCUGCCUGUGUCUGCUCUCCCUUCUAUGUACAAAGUGUCCCUUGGCUUACACAGCUAAAAAUGAGGGACUGUCUACCACCCCACACAUACUUAUCCUUGAGCACCAGGCUUAUGAGACAGGGUGGAGGAAGAGGCCAUGAUCUAGGGUCCCCAGAGUUCCUGCUGAGAGCCAGGGACAUGUGGGCACAGAGGCAUAGGAGGGGGUCCACACAGCUACAAGGUAAGGACAGAACCGCUACUGUGGGUCACAGCCUGCCACUCCCUGCCACAGGACAUCCUGUGAGCGUAUGCUAUGCACAGGGACCAUGGAACCUUCCUGAAAGGUAUUGGCUACCUGCUGUCCUUCAUCUCCUCAUAAACAGGGACUGGAAUUCACAGGAACUGGAAGAGCACUCAAGGGUUUUGACUUUCUUAGGGGUGUGAGCAUUCUGCCAGCCACAACUAUGUCUCAGACUCGGGAGGCCUGUCAACAGAACCUGUGGCCUGUCCUUCAAUAGCAGAGAAAAUCCUUCAGCUCCCAGACAGGAGCAAUAUAUGCCAUGGAAAUGCAAGAAGCAUGGGGAAAAGGUUUCUUCAGCACCUCUGGGCUGACACUUUUGCUAAGAGCACUGGUUGGAGCUGGAGCACACAGAAUGACUCUGAUCGAAUGAGGAGGCUUUGGGGAAGUGAGGUUGCCUGGUAGCUCUAGCCCACAGCCCUCUCCUCCUCAAAGACCCACAGGAAUCUGCCUCCUCUGCACUCAUGUACCAGGCCAGGUCUGACCCUCAACAUCCAGCUGGCUCCAGAGCUGCUGUCCCCAUCCACCCCAGCGGCUUAGGUUCCUUCUGGGCCAGCCAUUCUGGUCACUGAGCUUGAACUAGGCCUGCAGGCUCUCCUGUCAUCCUACAUCGCCUCAUCCUUCUCUGUCCCUCACCCUUCGGUAACAUUUAGUCAAGGUCUGUCUGUGAGCACAGCGAUUCUCUCCUGACAGCUGUGUCCUCGGCUGGUGUGGGUAAGCCUUCCCUGUGGGAAGUGCCUGCCUAGGACGUCCAAGGAAGAGUAGGAUGGGUUGAAUUGUAGAAUGAGCAUUUCCUGGGUGUCAGGGGUGAUGGAGGCUGUACAUCCAUCACUGAGAAAUUCAAGCAAAUGCUGGCAGGCAGAUCAACUCCUGAUGGCAUACUAUGUGGUACUGGGGCAAGCUAGGGCAUCCACCCCAGUGUCAGGACCCCAUAGCUGUGCCUGUCUCCACUCCUGUGUUUUACAAAGGUGACAUAAAAUGAGAUCGCCCCUG